CAAGGAAGAAGAAGAAGAAGAAGAAGAAGAAGAGUGCAAGUUGCUAAUGUUGGCUAACAUUAGUUAUCGUAGAGUGACAGCUGUGACACGGAUGUCUCUUUAGGUUUUUGCUUUUGUCCAUUAGCUUCAGCCGGUGUGCUUUAUGUCGAUAACACCCCAGUAGGUAUUCAGUUCGCUAGUUAGCACCAUGGCCAGCCUGCUUUCGAUGCAAAGCUUUACAUCUCUGAGGAAAUCCGGAAGCGUAACUUUAAUUCAUUUAACUUCUGCUCUGGGCAUCGAUAAGCGAAACUACAGCAGCAAAAAAGGGUCUUCAACCGAGUAUUUGCACCAAAGUGUUGUACCAUCGAUGCAUUACCAGAAGAGUUUACCCAGGCUACCCAUACCAAAGUUGGAGGAUACUGUCAAAAGGUAUUUAGCUGCGCAGAGGCCUCUGCUGGAUGUUGACCAGUUCAGAACAACAGAGAAACUUGCAAAAGAUUUCCAGAAUGGUGUGGGGAAACAGCUGCAUGAGGAACUGGUAGCUCAGGACAAAAAGAAUAUGCACACAAGCUACAUAUCAGGCCCAUGGUUUGACAUGUAUCUUUCUGCUCGCGAAUCUGUGGUGCUGAACUUCAACCCCUUCAUGUCCUUCAAUCCUGACCCUAAAACGGAGUACAAUGACCAGCUUGUGCGGGCGACAAAUAUGGUUUGUUCGGCAGUGCGCUUCAUGAAAACACUGCGAGCCGGAUUACUGGAGCCAGAAGUUUUUCACCUCAACCCGGCAAAGAGUGACACAGAUGGCUUUAAAAGGUUUAUCCGCUGGGUACCGUCUUCACUGUCUUGGUAUGGAGCUUACAUGGUGAAUGCUUACCCCCUGGACAUGUCUCAGUACUUUCGCCUCUUCAACUCAACUCGGAUUCCCAAGAGUGGUAGAGACGAGCUCUUUACUGAUGAGAAAGCACGACAUCUCCUAGUUAUGAGGAAAGGCAACAUGUAUGUGUUUGACAUUGUAGACAGGGAUGGUAAUUUGGUGAAGCCUGCAGAGAUCCAGUCCCACUUGAAUUACAUUUUGUCUGACCUGACGCCAGCGCCUGCCUUUCCUCUCGGAGUCCUGACCAGUGAAAACAGGGAUGUGUGGGCUGGGCUGAGGGAGAAGCUGACAGCUGCUGGAAAUGUAGAGGAUUUACGGAUUGUUGACAGCGCCCUUUUCUGUCUCAGUCUGGACGAUGAAAGCAUGAGGGACCAUAUUCAAAUUUCCCAUAACAUGCUGCAUGGCGACGGCUGCAAUCGGUGGUACGACAAGUCCUUCAGCAUCAUUCUGACCAAAGAUGGACAGGCAGCCAUCAAUUUUGAGCACUCCUGGGGCGAUGGCGUAGCAGUGCUUCGCUUUCAAAAUGAGAUCUUCAAAGACACAACGGAGCAGCCACUGGUACACCCGGGCUCUGCUGCUGCUGCUGUGGAUUCAGCCUCUGCUGUGCGCAGACUGCAGUUCAACCUGGACCGUGAGCUAGAGAAUGGCAUCAAAAAAGCUAAGGAGAACUUUGACUCGGCUGUAUCGAAACUCACCAUUGAUGCAAUGGAGUUCAAAAAAGGUGGCAAGGAAAAGUUAAAGAAGAGCAAGUUGAGUCCAGAUGCUAUAGCCCAGCUGGCUUUUCAAAUGGGUUUUCUGAGGCAGUAUGGACAGACAGUAGCCACAUAUGAGUCCUGUAGCACUGCGGCGUUCAAGCAUGGGCGCACAGAGACCAUCCGGCCAGCCACCAUACACACUGAACGAUGUUCACGUGCCUUUGUUUGCCAACCAGGCCAACACAGUGUGGAGCAACUACAGGCUAUGCUGAGUGAAUGCUCUAAAUAUCAUGGACAGCUCACCAAAGAAGCAGCUAUGGGCCAAGGUUUUGACCGUCACCUGUUUGCCCUAAGAUACCUGGCCUAUUCAAAGAACCAGGCUCUGCACAGCCUGUACACAGACCCAGCUUAUGUUGCCAUCAACCACAACAUCCUCUCCACCAGCACCCUCACCAGUCCAGCUGUGAACCUUGGUGGCUUUGCCCCAGUGGUGCCUGAUGGGUUUGGUGUUGGCUACGGUGUCCAUGACGACUGGAUCGGCUGCAAUGUUUCCAGCUACCCGGCUCGCAACGUCCACGAAUUCCUGCAGUGUGUCUACAAGUCCUUAGAGGACAUUUUUACUGUCCUGGAAGGAAAGCCACUCGGCUAACAAACAAGUGUUUUGCCAUUAUUCUAAGUUCCCAAAUUGCUGAUUAACUUCUCUGGGAAGUUUGGAACUUUAAAUGUAUUUCUAGAAUGGGUUUGGAUAUUACUGUAGGUACAAACGGGUGAUUUUGUUAAUUCAUAGAAAUUAAUGUGAUGUUUCUAGUGUCCACCUUCGACUGCGGACAGAAGUCAUAACAUGUAUCAUGAAAACCAAAUUGAAUAUAAAAUACUGGAAAAAAUGUUAGCUUUCCACUUAAACUGAUUAAAUCCACUGGCUUUCCAAGACCGUCUCCUAAAUGUG